GGAAGUGGAAAGCAAGCCCCUCUUUUCUCUGUGCUCCGUGGCAUUUUGCAACACAACAGGCAUCCUGUCUCUGCGGGCUUCACACCAAACUUGCAGCUUCAAGAACUAACGGCGACUUACGACGCUACGACGACGUGACCAUCGGAUGGAUUUACGUGGAAGUGUUUUUUCAGGAGCCACCCUUGAAGAACAGAAGGGACUGAAUGUGCUCCAUCCUGGUCCUGGGUGUUGCCCCGCUACCCUUGGUCCCAAGUGAUGUGAGGAGCGGACGUCGGCGAGACCAGGGAAUGCAGACUCGUCAGAUCCGGCUUGCAUGAGAGCGUGAUGCCCAGGCGGGGGUUGCCGCUCCAGGGCCGGGUCCGCUGGCUCUUCCUGGGCCUCUUCCUUCUGCUGGUGCUGCUGCUCUUCACCUACCUGCUGGACUGCACGGCUCCACCCGACGUCAGCCUGGUCCUGCCCGGCAUAGCAGGAGAGACUUACGGGAAGGAGUACUACCAGGCCCUGCUGCAGGAGCAGGAGGAGCGCCACCUGAACCGUGCCGCCAGUCUCAAGCGGCAGAUUGCGCAGCUCAAGCAGGAGCUGCAGGAAAUGAGCGAGAAGCUGAAGCUCCUGCAGGACAGGAAGGAGCCCCCCGGGGUGCAGGGACUGUCCCAGAACAACGACCAAGAGCCAGGAGAUCUGCUGGAGUUCCUGCACUCUCAGAUUGACAAGGCCGAGGUGAACACGGGGGCUCGCCUGCCCAGCGAGUACGCCCUGGUGCCUUUUGAGAGCUUCACCUCUUCCAGGGUUUAUCAGCUGGAGAUGGGGCUGACGCGGCACCCGGAGGAGAAACCUGUUCGCAAAGACCGCAGAGAUGAACUUGUGGAGGUCAUCGAGGCUGCCCUGGACAUCAUCAACAACCCCGAUGACGAGGACGGCGUGGAGGACGACCUGCCCAUGCGGAAGCAAACUUACACCGAGGCUGACUUUAUAGAAGGCAUUCACAGGACGGAGCGGGACAAAGGCUCGCUUUAUGAGCUCUUCUUCUCUAAGGAGGAAUCGAGCACCUUCCGUCAUGUGACGCUCUUCAGGCCGUUUGGUCCCCUGAUGAAAGUCAGGAGCACAUUUGUGGAAACAUCUGGAAUGAUUAUCAACAUCAUUGUGCCGCUGGCUGGCAGAGUAGAAACCUUCUCGCAGUUCUUACACAACUUCAGGGAGGUGUGCAUACGGCAGGACAGGCGGGUUCACCUCACGGUGGUCUAUUUUGGCCAGGAGGGGCUGCAGGAGAUCAAGUCAUCGUUGGAGACCAUGUCAAGAGAUGAGGGUUUCUCCAAGUACACACUAAUCCCGGUGGAUGAGGAGUUUUCCCGAGGCCGGGGGCUGGAUAUCGGAGCGCACGCCUGGACCAAAGGCGACGUUCUGAUGUUUUUCUGUGACGUCGACAUCCAUUUCACGCUGGACUUCCUCAAUACGUGUCGUCUCCAUACCGCGCCAAACAAGAAAGUAUUCUAUCCCGUGGUGUUCAGUCUGUACAAUCCCGCCAUAGUUCAUGGAAAUUUGGAGCUGGCGCCCCCUAUUGAACUCCAGCUGGUUCACAAGAAGGAUGCUGGCUUUUGGAGAGACUUUGGCUUUGGGAUGACGUGUCAAUAUCGCUCUGACUUCCUUAAUAUUGGGGGCUUCGACCUUGAAGUGAAAGGCUGGGGCGUGGAAGACGUCCACUUGUACAGGAAGUACCUUCGGAGCGAGCUGAUAGUGGUCCGGACGCCGGUGUCGGGUCUGUUCCACCUGUGGCACGAGAAGCAGUGUGCGGACGAGCUGACUCCAGAACAGUACCGCAUGUGCAUCCAGUCCAAAGCCAUGAACGAGGCCUCCCACUCGCACCUGGGAAUGCUGGUGUUCCGUGAGGAAAUCGAGGCGCACCUCCGCAAGCAGGCCUUUAAGACUCAGAGCAAAGCAGAGAACUGAACACGCGUGUGACGUCCAUGUCGAGUCCGUGUUAUGCUGACAUGAUGAACGCACAGCUGGAGACACGUGAAUGUAGGAAGCAACUUCAUGGCUCCAUCACGAUACUACUUCGUCCGCUGAAGUAGUCCUUCCCACAAAGCUGCUGUAUCAGGGCCACUUACUACAGUUACUGCAGUUACUGCAGUUACUACAGUUGCUACAGUUACUGCAGUUACUGCAGUUACUACAGU